UCGUUUGCCCUAGAUCGGAUGGUUGAUGUAGCCCAAUAUAAACCCUACCUGUUGAACAUCAACACGAGUUCUCCUCCCUCGCGCCGGAACCCUUGCGAAGCCUCUUGCCUUCGUUUGUGCCGCCGUUCCGCCGUCAUGCCUUUCAAAAGAUACGUAGAGAUUGGGCGUGUGGCCUUGGUGAACUAUGGCAAGGAUUAUGGCAAGCUUGUAGUCAUCGUCGAUGUCGUCGACCAGAACCGAGCUCUUGUUGAUGCACCUGACAUGGUGAGAUGUCAAAUGAACUUUAAACGUCUCUCCUUGACUGAUAUCAAGAUCGACAUACCUAGAAUCCCCAAGAAGAAAUCACUUGUUGCUGCCAUGGAAGCAGCAGAUGUGAAGAACAAGUGGGACAACAGCUCUUGGGGGAGGAAGCUGAUUGUUCAGAAGAGGAGAGCUUCCUUGAAUGACUUUGAUAGGUUCAAGGUCAUGUUGGCCAAGAUCAAGAGGGGAGGUGCUAUCAGGCAGGAGCUCGCCAAGCUGAAGAAGCAGAGCGCAUAAAUUAUCAUAUGGAUUUUGUUGCUUUAUAUCUCCAUCUAGAAUUAAAUCUGUGUUUGAGUUCAGUUUUGAAUUUGCGGACUUGUUCAGCAUCUAUUCAGUCAAGGACUUGUUUUUUGGUUUUAAAACAUUCUCUGAACUCAAUAUUUUGCACUCUAUUUGUUUAAUCUCAAAUCAAAAUGGUAAGCUCUGGGUCUAUGCUGUUGCCAAAA